AUGAAAUCGAAUAUAAGAAAUAAACGCGUUAAGAAGAAUCUGCGGGUCAGGUUCCUACUCGAUCCGUCAACGGACAGGUCAAUACAUGUCGGAUAUGAUAAAGGUGGAUAUGAUAAUAAGCGUCGGGCAGUAAAUACGUCUGUAUACACCCAUGCUCCCGCUGCAUACUCGACGACGCGUUCAAGAUGCUACAUAUGCGACAGUUAUAGGCGCGGAACUAGCAGUGCAGGAUCACUGAGCAGCAGUUCACAGUCACACAAACGGAGUGCAGGAUCAUCCAUCGGUGGCAGUCUGGGCAAUCACAGCAAUCACAACAGCUUUUACAGCCAUAUCAACAAUAGUGCAGGAUCACUCAACAGAAUACCACCAUACUACGAUUACUACACUGGCAUCGUCUCGAGUCUGACACCGCAGAUGCACGUAUACUAUUGCUAG